UGGUGGGCGUAAAGCAGAAAUCCCAAGAAAUAAAAGCAUAUAUAUACAUGUAUAUAAUUAUGAUUUUGGGAAAAUCAUGGAGCUAUUAAUGCAAUCAUCAAUAUACUGCAAACAAGAGUGAAGAGAUUCUCGGGGUUUCCUAAUUCCGCGGAGCUCCGAAAGACAAAUCGAGAAUAAAAAUGUGAGAUAGAGCCUGAUAGAUAGCGCGUACUAGUACGUAGUACCAUAUCAGUGGGCGCGCCUGCGUCUAUUAAUUCUAAAAUGGCCUCAUCCAUAAUCCAAAGGAGAAUCCAAAGGGGUUGGUAUAUUUGUGGGAGCAGGCCAAGAAGAGGCAGAGGGACUACGAACGUGACAUUCUCUCUCAAUUUUCCAAACAAGCUAUACAGAGAGACCCGACCCCUUCCUACUCUCUCUUCGCCUCUCUUUUCUCCUUCCUUCCUUUUCUUCUCCCUUACUAAUUUACCUGAUUCUUCUUUUCUCUUUGAUUGCUUUUAGCUUCCAAAAUUAAACAUUUUCACCUCAAUCUUCUUCGUAUAUUCGGGAGCAGUAUUUUCUUAUCUUCGUACUCCUCAUAAUCUUCGAGGAACCAAAAAAACCAAAGUCGAUCUGUUUUCUUGUUAGCUAAGCUACCGUUAUUGAUUUGAAUCUUCUAGUCGUCGUUUGUUUUCGGACUAAUACCUCGUCUCCUGCUCUGUCGUACCGUCCCACGAGAGAUCUGCUGGUCUUCUUCUUCACAUGAUUAUAUUCAGGUAAUGGAUGAAAAUCAAGAGAGUCAGAUUCAUCCUAACAUGCCAUGCGAGGAGGAGAACGCAGACUACUCAAGGUCAAGGGUUUUGGGCGAGAAUACCAGCGGGAAUGGCAGGCUUUGCAUCAAGCUGAAGAUUUCCAAGGCCGAGUCGGACCAGUUUGAACGUGAACAACACCCUCCUGCAGCUGCAAAAUGUUUCCCUCGCAUCAAGGCUGACCCUUUCGAUCAUGAACGAGUAGAAGAACAAGCUUUUGCACUUGCAAAAGAAUUCCCUCUCGUCUGCAACAUUUGCAAUAAAGUUUUUGGUUCUGGUAAAGCCCUUGGCGGUCACACAAGAAUGCAUGUCCAAGCCAGAAACAAGGAGCUUCUCGACAAGAUUCAGAAGCCAAAGUUCAAGAAGCACCCCACCGCCGCUGGCGAUCUUUCCAACGCUAGUAGAGCCAAAACCAAUGCUAGCGUUGCGAUCAUGGGCGAACCCACAUGCUACGUUUGCGGGAAAAAAUUCCCGACCAUGAAAGCUUUGUUUGGCCACAUGAGAUCUCAUCCUGGAAGGGAAUGGAGGGGAGUUCUACCCCCUCCAACGGAGAGAAACAGUGCAAGCUCUUCGUCCUCAACACCAUCGGAUGAUAAGAUUGGUACUGCUGCUGCAAAUUUUACUACUACGGAGGCACCCGUCUUGGUUGAUUUGUCAGCUUCUCUAUUCUGCUGGAAGUCCACUGGCAAGAGAGGCCGGAAAAGCAUCCCCGCCUCCACCAGCGGUUACGUUUCUGGUCUUCCCCAGGGUCUAGAGGAGGAGGGGAUGGAAGAAGCUAUCCAUGAUCUCAUGAUGCUGGCUAAUGCUAAUCCAGAGAAAAGAUUAAUGGACAACUUUGAUCCUAAGGCCGCUAACAUCGAUUCGGCCCUGACCGACGCAUGGAAUUUUCCAUCGAGGAACGAUAAGCUAAUUAGGACUGAUGAAGCUGGAAGCCGACGUGAAGUUCUAUACAAAAGUAUUAAUGAAGACAAAGGGAAAGGAAAGGCUAUGCUAGAAACUGCUCCACCGAAGAUGAGAACGAAAUUAUGGGUUAAUGAAGACUGGCCUAGAAAUUACUAUUACAGGGACGAAACUACUGCGCAUAAAGACUUGAAUAGAAACGACUCUGGUAACGGUGAUCUCUUUCCCAAAGACGAAAUCUCGGUGAAGAUGAUGAUCAGAAAUAGAAAGAAGAGAGAGACUAAACUGUUAGGCUUGAAAGCACUGGGAGAUGCUGCCGAUCGAAGUCACAAUCAGUUUCCGCUGGCACCCAGUAGAUAUACGUGCAGUCUAUGCAAUAAAUCAUUCCCAACACACCAAGCUUUGGGAGGUCAUAUGUCCAGCCAUAACAAAUUGAAGUACAUCCAGAAUAUGAAUGAAUAUGUAUCUGCAAAUGACUCAGCUACCGAAUAUUAUGGAAACUGUGCCAACCUAAUUACCCAAGUGGAUGGAACAAAAACUGUGCUUGCAGGAAGCACGCACCAAUGCAAGAUUUGCAACGUCGAGGCCUUCCCAACAGGUCAGGCACUCGGGGGUCACAAGGGAUCAAGUCCUUGGACCGGCCCUGUGGAAAUUGACUCCAGUAAAUUAACGUCGCCUGGAGAAGCUAAAGCUCAAAUAUCCAGUCGAUUAACGUCGCCUGAAGAAGCUACAGCUCAAUCUAGCCAAGUAACAUCAACUGGAGAAGCUAAAGCUCAAUCUAGCCAAGUAACAUCACCUGGAGAAGCCAGUCAGACUGGUCGAAGGAUUUUGGGUUUUGAUCUUAACGACCUUCCUGCUAUGGAGGUUGAAGAAGGUAUCGUUGAGUCUAUCUUUAAUAUGUUUGACUGAACUUUCAGCAGCUAGUUUAUAAUUCUUCCUCUUAACAAUUCAGUCGGUCAGUUCAAGUUCAGUCUUUGAUAAUUUUGGCUUCUUAUAUUCAGUCAAUUUUUUUUUUUUUUUUUUUGUACGAUAUUUGAUUAGCAGUAAUGAAAACAGCUACCGUGGAACCCGGCCUCUUGGUUCUUCGAUGUUUUGUCUAGUGGUCUUUGAAGUCUUUUCCUUUUUUGCUUAUUUUCGUCAUGGACAGCAGGCUCGCUCUCAAGAGAUAAGAAGAGAUCCAGAAAGGGCUUUGCAUGUGUCUUUGACCUCUAGGAUGAGGAAGUUGUAAGGAAUUUAAAUCCGCAUUACAUUAGUUCGGUUCUUCUUGGUUCUUUUAUUUCACACU